CCUUUAUUUGGGACAGACAGGACUAGGAAAUACAGAAGAACUUGGAAAAUUGGGUCUUGAACCAGGAGAGAACUUCUGCAUGGGAGGACCUGGAAUGAUCUUCAGUCGUGAGGUUCUCAGAAGGAUGGUACCACAUAUAGGUGAAUGUCUUCAGGAGAUGUACACGACUCAUGAGGAUGUGGAAGUGGGCAGAUGUGUUCGGCGAUUUGGUGGUACUCAGUGUGUCUGGUCAUAUGAGAUGCAGCAAUUGUUCCAUGAAAACUAUGAACGCAACCGGAAAGGUUACAUACAGGAUCUUCACAACAGCAAAAUUCACACUGCAAUUACGCUUCAUCCAAAUAAAAGGCCAGCCUAUCAGUAUAGGCUUCAUAACUACAUAUUGACCCGUAAAAUUUCAGAAUUGCGUUACCGCACCAUCCAGCUCCAUAGAGAAAGUGCUCUCAUGAGUAAGCUCGGUAAUGAUGAAAUAAGCAAAGAAGAUCAGCUUCUGGGAAUGACGCCGUCGUUCAGUCGUUUCCAGCCCCGUGACAGGAAUGAAGUCAUUGAAUGGGAUUUUCUGACUGGAAAGCUCCUUUAUUCAAUAGCUGAGAAUCAGCCACCUAGACAAAACAUUAAUAACAUCCAGCGAGCAGCAUUAGAUGACACUGUAAUGCAGGUAAUGGAAAUAAUCAAUGAGAACUCUAAAUCUAGAGGAAGGCUUAUUGACUUCAAUGAAAUACAGUAUGGAUACCGCAGGGUUGACCCUCUGCACGGUGUAGAGUAUAUUCUGGAUUUGCUGCUUUUAUAUAAAAGGCACAAAGGAAGAAAGGUCACUGUUCCAGUUCGGAGACAUGCUUACCUUCAACAAUUAUUUAGUAAGCCUUUUUUCAGAGAGGAAGAAGAACUGGAUGUGAGAAGUGUGAUGGAAAAUGAGCCGAGUGACACACAAUCCCUCUCUCUCCUUUCUAAUUCUCUGAAGAUGUUCUCGCCAUUUAAAGACACCAAAGAAUUAAGGGAAAGCAAUACCAAGAAGAUACACAUUCUUGUCCCUCUCACAGGAAGAUACAAUAUUUUCUUGAGAUUUAUGGAGAAUUUUGAAAAGACUUGCCUUGUUACAAAGCAGAACGUGCGGCUGGCGGUUAUUCUCUUUAGCCCAGAUUCUAGUCAGGAGUCCAGUAAACAUAUAGAAUUGAUCAAUGCAUAUCGCAAUAAGUAUCCAAUGGCAGACAUCACUGUUAUUCCUAUGUCAGGAGCUUUUUCAAGAGGUUUGGGUCUUGAAACGGCUUCCUCUCGGUUUGAUAAUGAUACGUUGCUACUAUUCUGUGAUGUUGACCUAAUAUUUACUCCUGACUUUCUUCAGCGGUGUCGAGCUAAUACCAUCCAAGGAGAACAAGUUUACUACCCUAUUAUUUUCAGCCAGUAUGACCCCAAAGUAACCUAUGGAGGCCAUCCUCCUGUGGACAGUUAUUUUGUUUUCACUAAGAAAACAGGGUUUUGGAGAGAUUAUGGGUUUGGUAUCACUUGCAUUUAUAAAAGUGAUCUUAUAAAUGUAGGCGGAUUUGAUACUUCAAUUCAAGGUUGGGGACUCGAGGAUGUAGACCUUUUUUCUAAAGUAGUAACUUCUGGCUUGAAGGCAUUUAGAAGCCAAGAAGUGGGAGUUGUGCAUGUGUUCCAUCCAGUUCAUUGUGAUCCCAGUCUAGAGUCUAAACAAUACAAGAUGUGCUUGGGGUCUAAAGCAAGUACAUUUGGCUCUGCAAUGCAGCUAGCUGAAAUAUGGCUAGAAAAGCAUUUAGGUCUUAGGUAUAAUCAUACUUUCUCCUGAUAUUUUAACUGGGACUGGCUUCCUAGGAGAAGUUUACCUCAUUGCUUUUCCAUUUCAUCAUUGCAUUCUUAAACUUCUCUCUGUCUUCCAAAGGAUUUGUCUCUGACCUUUAACAAACUUCUAUUAGGAAUAUUGGAGACUCCUGCUGAACUGAUGUGUCUUUCUGUUCGUGAUCCGUAAACUGAGUGAAAUCAUUGCAACAGGACAGUUGCACAGAUAACAUCCAUCACUAGGAUCACAUCAGAAGAAUAGUCUCUUUGGACUUCAGGAUGCAAUAUUAAUCUUGAUUGUGUCUGUCAAACUUAAUGUGAUACAAAUAUUUUUCAGUGAAGGUAUCACAAAAGUGCUUUAUGCUUCCUCUGGGAAAGAGACUCUGGCAAACUUGAGUUUUAUAAUUUAUAUGAGGACUGAAAUAAAAACUAUUCUUUAUAAUUUUUAAGUAAUAAAUAAUGGACUCAUCUAUUUUUUAAAAUAAGGGAAAAAUACAUUUUCCAGGUGCAAUGGUACUGGCUACCAAGACCCUUAAACAGCAUAUCAAAUUGACCUCUUCGGUACUCUGCAAAUGGACUGUAUUUUUUUUUCGAGAAAACAUUAAUCAGAUAUUUGCAUAUGUUGAAAAGGUUACAAAUCAAUCACUUUCAUUUGCUGGUAAGAAGAAAUCAUGACACAAUAUGAUUAUUUAUAAUAAAGAAUAGGCAUGUGAUCUUGUGUUUUCUAAGACAAGAAUAUUUUGCUUUGUUUCUGUUUAGAUUGAACGUCUAAUAUAUACAUAGUUUUCUAAUUCCUUUCAUAAGACUGCACUUGUUACAAAGGGAAAUCAAAGGGUACUUAAUAUUGUCUUUUUAUAAUUCUGUGUUAAUAUUCAUAUUAUGAAUCAAUUGUUGUUAAACUUUAAAGAAAAUGUAAUUAUUUAACUAUGAAAGUACUAUUGCUGGUCAAAGUUCUUGCAAAUAUAUUUAUAAUAGUGAAGAUAUAUAGAAAGUGGAAUGUGUUAGGGUUUCCUUCUCUGUAAAAUCCAAAAAUUCCAGAAAAUAUAUUAUGGAUAGUAAAAAAAAUUGGAUGGUUAUGUUCUGUUAAAAUGAACACAAACCAUAACCGUAUCAUCAUUCAUAUAGUGAUUUGAUCAAAUUUAUGACAUGUAACUGUAACAUUUUUUUUUGAAAACCUGAAACAUUCCCAAGAAAUAUAUGUUAAUCCUGAUGACCAAUAUAAUGUGAUCAACUUUAAAGAACAAAGCAAGCAUCUCUAAAUAAAUAAUAUCUGGUAUUUUUAAGAAAAGGUGCUAAAAUGUAUAUGUUAUAAUGGCCACGAUAGAAUCUGAACAUAUUGCCUGAAACAUCUAAUGGAAUCCGCAAUUCUCACAGUUUAAUUGGCAGCAUGCUCACUUUGGCAGUAUAUAUACUAAACUAAAUUGGGAAAGAACAAGAGAUAGGUAUUCUGAAUAAGAAAUACUUGUAUCUUAUUCAAUUUUCUUUUACAAAUAACAAGAAUAACCAUGGCAACCAUGGUAACCCUGUUUCAGAAUUAAGAUUUUAUUAACCUAGAUUAAGUACAGUAAGAAAUACAUAUUUAGUGAUGAACUCAAUAGGUUUAGAAAUUCAGCACAAAGCAACAGUCUUUUGACCAUUACACCAAAGAUUCUUCCUAGAUGUUAUUUUUCUUUUGUAUAUUCCUUUUUUUCACAGCAUGUUACGCUAGUAUUUUCUUGUGACAGUGGUAAUUUCUCUCAUUUAGAUAUGACUCCCAGCAGUGUUCCAAUUCUGUAUGCCACAUUUAUACACAGGUAUAAUUUCAUGUCACACCUAUGUAUGCAUGUAAAAAUCCUACUGCUGUAUAAUUAGUCCUGAUUCAAAAUUAUAUACCGCAAAUUUUUCCCAGAUCAAUUGCAAUUAGCAUAUUUUAUUUUUAUGAUUGGGUAUUCUACGGUACCAACCUUAGUUGUUCUCUUUCUAGCUUCAUUGCAUAUCUGCUGUAGCAAGUUAGCUACUAUUUUUAGUUGGCCCAUUACCUAAUAUUUAAUGUAUAUGUAAGAUGAAGUUUGCAUAUAUUCUCAUAUUCAUAAUUAGCAUAUGGAAUAUCAAAACUAUAAUAAGAAUUUAGAGAGUCAAUUUGGUGUAAUGGUUAAAGGUGCAAGAUUAGAAGCUAGGAAACUGUGAGUUUUCGUCUUGCCAUAGGUACAAAGUCAGCUGGGUGACUUUGGGUCAGUUUUCUCUCUCAACCUUAGAAAUAAGGCAGUGGCAAACUAUUUCCAAAAAUAUUGCCAAGAAAAUAAUGUGGUUGCCAUGAGUCAAACCUGACUCAUAAGUCAAAUAAUUAAGUAUACAUGAGGUGUGCAAAAUAACCAACAACCUAUUUUAUCUUCACAAAUGAGGUACUAGGUUAUCUUAUAAGAUAGAGUACAGGCAAGCAGAUUUUAAGGUAAACAAAUAAUUUGGAGUGUUGAUAUUACCUAUGGCAACUCCUUAAAAUGUACCUCCAGAACUUCUCUGUCAAGCACUGUGGAAAUCAGAAUAUCCAAGCAAUUCAAAUGAGUUUAAAGAUUUAUUUCAAGUUUAUGCUGUCUACAAAACAGCCAAGCUGUCAAGGAAUUCAGUGGAAUUCAAGGUAGGCUGGAAUUAGUUCUCUUGUGGGCACGAAGAAACUCAUAACUAAUAAUGCCUUUGACCCCCUACGUCAGGCUCAGCCUGAUCAUCUUCUACAACCAUAUUCCCAACAAAAAUGGCUGCUUUAAAAAGUUGCAAGUAGUUGCUAUGCUUGUACCUUAGCAUACUCCAAAACAUCUUUUUCCCAUCAAAUCCAGAAUACUGCCUAGACCUAUCAGGUUAAAGAAUACUUAUUACUUUGGGACUUAGAAAGACUAAUGAAAAUUUAAAAAAUUCUGUCUGAAUUUGUUUUGUAGUUAUAGAGUGACAUGCACAACUACUUGUGAAAACCAAAACCUUGUUCCCCAAAAUGUGUAUUCUUACUACAUUGUCAUAUUGUAAUUUCCUUUUCUAUAUAAUUUUUUUCCUUUAUCUGUUGUUUGGAACACAGAUAUUUCUUGUUAACUUGAAGUUAUUAAAAUGUCAAUUAACUGUAUUUGAAGAAGUUAAGCUCUCCCUGGUAAUUUCAAAUGCAAAAAAUCAUGAGAGUUUACCUUAACUCCUUGAUAAAAAUGUUGAAUAUUUGUCCAUAGCCUUAAAGUAACAUGGUUUGCUCAGACAAAAUUUCAACAUAAAGCAUGAACUGAACUUGAUGACUGUACAGGGAAUUCUGUGUAAAAAAGGACUUGCCGGAUCGGGUCCUGAACUGAAAAAAAAUAUGAAAUGUCAAUUCUUAUUCUUUAGAGAUAUUUAUUUAGUGUAUGACCAAUUCAUUUGUUUACAUGAUGGAUUACUUUGUUGUAAACUGGAUUAUAAAUGUUUGUUAUAAAAUA